AUCCCAUCCAUAAAAGCAGCAGCCAGCACGACUAACUACAAGCACUGGCAACGCUUCCUCCUCCUCCUCCUCCCCCAUUCUCCGAACAAAAUCAGGUCCAUUUUCCCUGCCCCGUCCGAUCGAUCUGAACCAAUCAGAUCUCUCCUCCCUCCCUACUGCUAAAAUAAAAUUAUUUAUUUAUUUAUUCAUUAUAAUUAAAUCAUUAAUUUUUUUAAAAAAUAAUCCCAAAAACUCGUUCCCUUUCCUUUCGUUCCAUGGAGAACAACCCCCAGCAACCCCAGUCCUCCUCCUCCGCCGCCGCCGCCCCCUCCUCCUACCCCGGCGGAGGAGCCCCCUUCCACCACCUCCUCCAGCAGCAGCAGCAGCACCAGCUCCAGAUGUUUUGGUCCUACCAGCACCAAGAGAUCGAGCAAGUCAACGACUUCAAGAACCACCAGCUCCCCCUCGCCCGCAUCAAGAAGAUCAUGAAGGCCGACGAGGAUGUCCGCAUGAUCUCCGCCGAGGCCCCCAUCCUCUUCGCCAAGGCCUGCGAGCUCUUCAUCCUCGAGCUCACCAUCCGCUCCUGGCUCCACGCCGAGGAGAACAAGCGCCGCACCCUCCAGAAGAACGACAUCGCCGCCGCCAUCACCCGCACCGACAUCUUCGACUUCCUCGUCGACAUCGUCCCCAGGGACGAGAUUAAGGACGAGUCCGCCGUUGGGAUGGUGGGCCCCCCCACUGCCACUGGUGUCCCCUACCACUAUCCUCCUAUCGGGCAGCCUGCUCCCGGUCUCGGUGGCAUGAUGAUCGGAAGGCCCGCCAUGGAUCCCGCCGCCGGGGUCUAUAUGCAGCCCCCAUCCCAGGCGUGGCAGAGCGUGUGGCAGAAUGCUGCAGCAGGGGAGGACGGUUAUGCCGCCGGACCUGGAGGUGGCAGUAACCAGACCAAUCUCGAUGGACAGAGUUGAGAACAAACUGACCUUAUGGUGUUGGCGGUGACGCGGUGGGAAAGUGGGCAAUAGCGAUGAGCUCUUGUGCUGAAUUUACUAGGAACUUUGAUUUCUAAUGGACUUGCCUGUCAUUGUUUAUGGUGAAAAAGUGUAUAAACCUAAUUGACAAAACUGAUGAGGACUCAAAAAGAAAAAGGACUUUGAUCCAAGAAAAGGAAAGGGGCAGCUGCCAAAGUUUGCUGCUUUGACUUUUAGCCUAACUAACGAUAGUUGCUGCGCUGCGCUGUGCAUUCUCUCAUUUUAGACCUCCGUUGCUGCUACUCGUCUUUUAAUUUGCUGACUUUUGCCCUCUUCUUUACUUAAUUUUUUUUUUCUUUUUUGGAGAAGUGUAGAUGGUGUUAUUAGCAGCAUAAUGCAUAAAGCAUUAGAUUACAUUAAAAA